UUCAUAUAUUUAUUAUUUCUUUGAAUACAUUAUUUAUUUAUUUAUUUUCGGACAAAACAAGACACUGGGUGACAUCACCGACGACUGAAGCAGAUUGUGACGAGCUGUGUGGACCGCGCAGUUAAUCGAUCAAAUGAUGACUCGAUCAAUAAAAAUAAUAGACAGUUUGGCUCAUCACCAUGUCAGACUCGCACGUUUCAUAACUCGAGCACAAACGAUUUCCUCCUCUUUUGUAUUUGGGAGUUCCUAGUCUGGCCAGUCACCUUGACAACAUUGGCCCAAUGACAGCGCACACGCGAACUAGGCCAGCCAAUCACAGGCAGCCGGCAAAGCUGCAUGUCAUUUCUGCCCCGCUUGCAACCUGCACCGUGUUUUGUUUGUCUGUCUGCGCACCAGGGAUGAAACCUCGGAGUCCGCCGCUGCUGCUGCUGCUGCUGGCUCGAUACAAACGGAGGAAAACUCUCACGACUUCCCGCUCAUGAGGACUCCGGUAACCGCAGAGGACGCACGGAGCAGGACCGAACGGGAGCACCGCCGGGGCUCUGGAGUCAGGUGCCGCCGCCGCCGCUGCUGCUGCUGCUGCUGGAUGAGAGUCUGACUAGGCAUUUUCUCCCCGGUGACAGAGACAAUCUCAACGGCGCAUCUUCCCACAUCCUCCUCCCCUCCCUUCCCUUCCCCUCCUCUCCUCCUCCGCUGCCCUCCAAGGCUGCAGCCCACCGACCAUGGCCCUGGUGACUCUGCAGCGCUCUCCCACCCCCAGUGCAGCAUCCUCGGCCAGCACGACCAACAGCAGUGCGGGGGAGGACUUCGGAAGUGACGAUGACCGGAAAAACAAUCAGAGCCUCAGUGAGAGCUUCUUCAUGGUCAAAGGAGCUGCCCUCUUCCUCCAGCAGGGCGGCAACGCACAAGGACCAAAGACCCCGACCCACCACAAACAUGCAGGUGAUUUACCUCAACACCUGCAGGUCAUGUUUAAGAUCCUCCGGUCUGAAGAUCGCAUUAAGCUGGCUGUACGGCUGGAGAGCGGAUGGUCAGAACGGGUCCGCUACAUGGUUGUUAUCUACACUAAUGGCCAUCAAGAUACGGAGGAAAAUAUCGUCUUGGGAAUGGACUUCACAGACAAGGACAGUAAAGACUGCUCUAUUGGGAUGGUGCUGCCUCUGUGGAGCGAUACCAACAUACAUCUAGAUGGAGACGGAGGCUUCAGUGUGAACACAGCAGGGCGGUCGCAUGUCUUCAAGCCUGUAUCUGUGCAGGCCAUGUGGUCGGCCCUGCAGGUCCUCCACAAGGCAUGCGAGGUGUCACGGCGCUUCAACUACUUCCCAGGGGGCAUUGCUCUCACGUGGAUGGCAUUCUAUGAGAGCUGCAUCACCUCGGAGCAAAGCUGCAUCAAUGAGUGGAACGCUAUGACUGACCUGGAGACCACCAGGCCCGACUCGCCCACAAUGUUCGUCGACCGGCCGACAGAACGAGAGAGAACAGAGUGUCUCAUUAAAGCCAAGCUACGCAACAUCAUGACGUUUCAGGACCUGGAGAACAUCACAUCGAAGGAGAUCCGUAACGAGCUGGAGCAGCAUAUGAGCUGUAACCUCACAGAGUACAAAGAGUUCAUAGACAACGAGAUGCUUCUGAUCCUGGGUCAGAUGGACAAGGCGACACUUAUCUUUGAUCAUGUGUACUUGGGCUCUGAGUGGAAUGCUUCCAACCUGGAAGAACUACGUGACUGCGGAGUGGGUUACAUCCUGAACGUCACCAGAGAGAUCGACAACUUCUUCCCGGGGAUGUUCUCUUAUCACAACGUCCGUGUAUACGAUGAGGAGGCCACCGACCUGCUGGCUCACUGGAACGACACCUACAACUUCAUCGUCAAAGCCAAGAAGAACAAUUCAAAGUGCCUGGUGCACUGCAAGAUGGGGGUGAGCCGGUCUGCCUCUACGGUUAUUGCCUAUGCAAUGAAGGAGUACGGCUGGUCUCUGGAGAAAGCCUACAACUUUGUCAAGCAGAAACGGAGCAUAGCUCAGCCGAACGCUGCUUUCAUGAGACAGCUGGCCGAAUAUGAGGGAAUCCUGGAUGCAAGUAAACAGCGCCACAACAAGCUAUGGAGGCCUGGGACAGACGAAGAGGGAUCAGAUGAUUUACAAGCCUCUGGCCACAGUACUGGUGGGGAAGAGACACCAGUGCUCAGAGAGGACGAGGCCUGGGGAGGCUGUGGGGCGUCUCCCUGCAGGGGGAUGGGUCUGGAGAUGGAGCCCCUUGACUCUCUUAACUAUAACUAUUACUUCAGACGUUUGUCAGACUCUGCACUGGACAGUGAGCCCUCCACCCCAGUGCGGGGUCCCCCUCUGCUGGGUAUGGAGAGAGUUUUCAUCGAGAUUGAAGACGUGGAGAGGGAUGCUCUACUGGAGGAUGAGGGGUUCCCCAUGGCCCAUUUAGCCCUUCCUGGUGAGGGCACGGCAGCCCAGACGUGUGGGCGCCUUGACCCCCUGGAGGACAUGAGACUGAGGCUCGAGUUCAGCACCCUGGAGGAAGAGGAUGAGGAAGAGGCCAAGAAAGAGGAGGCGGAGAUGGCGGCGUUGGCUCAGACACCUGGAAAUUCAGAUGGGAAAAAGGCGGGGGAGGAGGGCGCGGAGGAAAGCCGCUUAGGCCUCGCCAACCUGAACACCAACAACAGCAACCGCCUCGCUGCCAAACGCAGCUGCCCCGCAGCUUUUGACGACAGUGCUAGCACAGGAAACCCUUUAAAAGUGAAGCCUUCCUAUCAGUCCUGCAAAGACUGCCUGCGUCUACCACAGGGGCGGCGCUGUGACCGUCCAGCAGGAGGCCGUUCUCAUCGCCUUAACCCCUCCCGCCACUGCACUGUCCCCACCAUAUGCAUAGAUCCACCUGGGACCAAUUUUGCCCCCACCCCAAUUCUGCACUCGCUGCAAGCCCAUGCAGUGGUCCCAUCUAACCUGGUCCAGUCAUGUAGUCCUGUCUACCGCUGCACUACCUGCACCCCGGGUGUCCCAUCUCUCCCAAUGACCAACCGCCAAAAACUGUCACCAAUGAACUGUGAGGAGACACCUCCAGAGCGCAGCUCGAUGGAUGACAUGGACGGACCACAGGGGGGCGACAUGGGAGAACAGAUAUCACGGGAGGACGCAGGGACCAUUCAUGCGACUACUGCUGAAGGUUUGGGCGGUGCAGUGGAGCUCCAGCUGCAAAUGCCAGGACUGGGGAUAGAGUUUGGUCUGGAACUGAUGCGACAGAGAGCAGAGCAGCUGCCAAGCUUGGCUAUGGAGGGCCAGCUCCCUGUGGGGCCCCUGCCUUAAUACAGUGGCCAGAACAUGGAUGCGAUUGAGGAGGAGGCUUACCACUGCCUCCACCAGGUACACUAUGAUGACUACCGCUGUGGUGUCGUACCAGAAACAAAGCUCUGCCUUGACUUGUACUGUCAUAUCCUGGCCACUGUAACAAGCUGCACAGCCCUCUCUGUGUUUACAGAGAGUGUCUUGUCAUCAUCUACUGGCAUCAAGAUCCAGUCGAGUUUGGUUGUUUUGACCACACGCUAAAGGCUUGAAUGCUUCUGGCCAGGUAAGGACUGAAGACUUUGCUGUGUCCUUCACUUGUCCCUCAGACCUGACUGAUCUGGUCUCUUCUGAGCCUGCUGGCCCCACACCACAUAUAGGAUCAUCGCUCUUCCCCACAAUGGAGAUGAGCCUCAUGCUGCCAUUUUACCCUCAACAGAAAGGAGACAGUGGUGGUUUCUACCUUCUGAGAAAGCUAUAGCUAGCACUUUGAUAUUGACGGAGAAAAAAAUACCUAAAGCAACAUGCUUCUGUCAGUGUACUGUAUGUUUUUCAAUCCAGUAUUCAUGAAGGUUUGAUUGCAUUCAGUAUCUCCUCAUGCUACAGCUUCACUUAUAUUUUCCGUGCCGCAGCUGCUUUUGCAUCAUGAGAGGGCAUUUCAUGUGAAAGCGUAAUAAUUUUUUUACAAAGGAUGUGAGCAUAUGUGAGCCUUUUAAUGCCUCUUUGUAAAGCGUUGUACCUCGGACCACAAGUAUCUCGGGACUGUUUUGGUCAAAGACUGUUUUGUUGUCUCUGCUCAGCAGUUGGUUCAGCCUCCGACCUCCUCCAUUAAUGUAAUCAUGUACUUAAAGUGCUCAGUAGCCCACGCAUGACAUUGCAGUAUUACAAAACAUAUCUUCAACAUGCUUAGACAGGACACAUAUGGACAUUGCCUUUUAAUUUUCACUUUUUAAAUAUGGAAGAAAAAAAAACUUUUGGCUUUCAAACUUGUGAGUUUAUAUGACAACAAUUGAACUUAACCUCUCGUCUUAUGCUUAGAAGAAUUAUAAAAGAAAGAAAAACGAAUAAAAUACCUUCAAUUGUUGGAAAACAUUACAUUCAUAUAUCCCACUUAAGAACAUAUGUUUAUAUGUAAAUUUAUUUUCAAAUCCCGAUGUAACCAAAGCCAUAUCAUGUUGCCAGGUCCAGUUAAUCGUCUUCAUGAUUUUAGAUGGCAAAGAAGCUCAACAGUUUGCUAUUGUACAUACUUGUCUUUCUUUUCUUACCCAGCCUGCAUCUGGGUAGUCAGCUCACAUCACAGACAUGGCUCGCUCAGUUAACGUUUUGGUCAUGCGUUGAAAAAAUGAAGGCAGCCUUUCUCCCAAUGACAAACAUUUUGCGAAGGCACACUGAUGGUACAGUAUCCAGAUCUGACACUUGAGCAUUCACACAGCAUAUUUCAGAUCCAGCUACAUUAAAUUAGUUUAAGACUCUCAAGGAUAAAUACAAAUCUAAAAUAUGCUUCAAAGAAGUAGUUACAUCCUUGUGAAGUGAGUUUAUUUGAGUUAUUUAAUCAGGCAUUUGCAGUCAACAGCAGAUGCUGCUGUAAAAAGUGUUGAUAAUUUAUAGUUUUUUGUGAAAUUAAAUUCAACUCCAGUUGUUGUUAUUCUGACUUUCAAAUUAGAGAAAGAAAUAUUUUUAUUUAGAGUGUGAAAAUGAGAAAUGAUGUUCCUAAUUAAAAGAAAAGAUAGUUUUGCUUUAUUUUAAAUAUAGAAAAAGUAGCCUGUCAGGAAAAACUACAAACGUCUCAGCUCUUCUAUCGCCUACAUUUGUUAUUUAGAUUUUUCUUUUUGUUCAUGUUCAGACAGCUCGAGGCAUGUUUUUGUUCAAAUUGUGCCACCAAUCCAAAGUUGCUGUGCCACAGGGUGUUCCUCUGCAAGUUCUUCUGUUUGGUUGAUGUUGUGUUCUUACUGUUUUUGGCACGCUGGGUGUGCUGGAAUGGUACUACUGAAAGAUGCAGGAAAAAGCACAUGCAAGUGUUACUACCGUAUUUAAAGAUCUGAGUGCUUCGGGAGAAAUGAAAACUGUGCAAAGAAUGACUGCAAUUUUUUUUUAAAAUCCUCUUUAACCAUGGGCUUACUGUAGAUGUAGAUGUUUUUCUUCUCCUUAGUUAGUUCAGUAGAAACUUCGACAAACAACGACAAUGCAUCCUCUGUUCCUUGUCCUCCCUGAACCGACUCCCCAGAGAGCUGCAGGUUUGCUCCACUAGUUAGAUUUAAAUAAAUUGGUUUUGCCUUUAACCUGUUCUUCCCCUCACGUGGCCAUGAUGUAUCAUAAGGCACUUACACAAAGUUGUUGACAGCACACAUUUAAAUUAGAACCAAUGCAAACUGUAAAAAGUGACAGUUACAAUAACAUUAAUGUUGCAGAAUUAAUAAAUACUAUUGAAGACAGAUUUAAGGUAAUAGUUGAAACAUUUUUAUGUAUUUGAUUUGUUGCUAAGAGUGACAGGAUGUCAGGAGCUGAUUAGCUUAGCUUAGCAGACUGAAGUUUAGACAGUCUAGGUCCCUCUGAAGGUAACAAAAUCCACCUACUAGCAUCUCUAAAACUUUGAUGUAACUAUACACAAUUUACAUCUCAAUUUGCAUUUGCGGAAAAGGAUCCAAAGACAACAACUAGUCGUUUUUACAAUUCAAAUGUUGAGCAUCAGAGUUGCUACUAGGGGGAUGGUGUUUACCUUCAGACAGGCAAGCAGUUUUGACGCUAGUCAUAAUGCUAAGCUAUUAUAGCCAGCAUCUGACCGUACUGUAGGGCUGCAGCUUAUGGUUAUUUCAAUUUUCGAACAAAUCUGCCCAUUAUUUUCAGAUGUUUAGUCUGAAAAAUGUCAAAGAAUAGUGGACAAAAUGCUCAUCACAACUUCCCAGAGUGUGAAGUGACGUUAUCAAAACGACUUUUAUGCGAUUUAAUGGAUUAUUAAAAUGGCUGCCAGCUAAUUUUGGGGUGAAACUUAGCAAGAAAGCAAAUUCACAUUCCUCAAAACUCUUCCUUUAACACCUUGUUGAUACGAUUCUAAGUAAAAACAGUUGUUCCCAGUACGUUAACGAUCACAACAGGUCGGCCUGAUCAGUGUGUGAUCUCCCUUAAGCACUAAAUCCCUUCUCUUUGCGUUUUCCAGACCGCAGCACUACGUUUGGUUGUUUGCUUCAUGUUUUGAAUUUGUUUUUGUAUUUAAGUGCCUUAACCUCGGCCUUAGCUCUACCAUAAAAGCAUCAUAGGCAUUGCAGACUUUCUGUGAGUGUGCUGAUGGUCUGGUCUUUUUUGUACAUUACUUCCCCUCACUCCCAAUAAUAACCAUGCUCCUUGCAAUGUAUAACUCGGCACAUAAUAUAAUGUAUGCAAAGACACACACAAGCUCAUGCACAGCGGCCUCCUCCACCCCCGAUCGCACAUACUUGAUGGACUUCCAUUUAUCAAUAGCCUAUAAUAAUAUUGUAUUUGUUUGAUAUUGUUGAAACUUGUGGUACACUGUACUGGUUCAAUAGCUGGCUGAAGAACCUUACUUGCUGGAAUGAGAACUAUCAUUUACAUUCAGACAUUAGAUAGGAUUAAUUUCAGCCUUUUGAAAUUUACCAGUCUGUAUAUAUUUUUCUCUACAAUUUGCUAUUGAGUACAUUAGCUUGCAGAUGUGGCGGCCGAUAUUAAGAAAAGCACUGAAAUUGCUACUGUGUAUUGAGAAGUACUCAUAAUUAAGUUCUCGUGUUUGUACCACAGCAAAAAAAAAAAAGACUUUGGGCAGCCAUCUCAUAAUUUAGGCAAAUGUCUUCAGGCUCUAUUAAAAAUGUCGAUGAUUAAAUUGUUUUUAUUGCAUUAUGCCCAGGCAGCAGGCAUCACACUGACAAUCCUACCUAAGAGCCAGACGUUGAGGACUUUGUAAGGAAGGAUAUUAAGACAUAUUGUACGUUAAAAGGGGGAUCGGGGCAUUUAUAGAGUGUAUUUAUAGAGCACAAGUCUGCCCCAAAGCAUGUGAGGUUGAGACGAGUGGAAAAAUGUAAAACAUGAAAAACCUACCUGGGAGUAAGAUUUUGUUACGUUAAUUGUUUUUUGUUAACUUUUGUGUACUGUACUGUACAUUGCCAAUGUUCAUGUGUAAUGCACUUUUUUUUUCUUUUUUUUUUACAUUUUGUUAAAAUGAUGUCCAGUCUAAUGUUUAUCAUGGAAAUAAACAAUUUCCUCUGCGUAA